AUGCGUGGAUCCUUGAUUUCAGCACCCUUUCUUGGAUAUUUGCUUAAAAUAUAAGCGAAAAUCAGAGUGGCCAAUGUCAUAAUGACAGAGCAACCUCUAACCAAAGAAGGCAAUGUAGAGAUGUCUCAGAAGUUGUGUGCGUAAUUGUAUUCAGAAAAUAACAAGCAAUCAAUCCGUUGUUAAUUUGUGUGACAUCACUGCUUAAUUAAAACCAGCAGCAAGAUUGCUACCAUAAUAAUAAUUGUUUGAUCAUUUUGUCAAGGAAAAUUAAUUUGAUUUGCAAACUCCAAUUGUGUUCUUUGAUGAACACAUUCACUUUGCAGCCAGAGCUUGGUUCACCUUCAGAUAUUUUGGAUUCAAAAAUGUAUUUGUUUUAGAUGGAGGAUAUUCAAAAUGGAUGAAUCAUUAACCAACUGAAUUUUAGGAACACAAUAUUUGUAUAUAAUAAUUUCAAUAAUAUAGAGGAUCAACCAAGAUUUUAAGGUAGAGUAGUGAGCUCUUCUGAAGUUUCCAGAAUCUCCUAGUUAAAACACUCCAAUGAUCCAAAAGGAGAUGAGUGGGCCAUUGUUGACACACGAGAUAAUAUUCGUUUUAAAAAAGGAUCUAUUCCUGGAUCUAUUAAUAUAGAAUUCUCAGAAUAUCUUAAUCAGGAUAAGACUAUGAAGUCUGAUGAAGAUUUAAGACAAGUCUAUGAAAAGAACGGAAUCGAUUUGAACAAAACAAGAAUUAUUAAUACCUGUUAAACUGGCAAACUAGCAUGUAUAGCAACAAUUGCCUAAGAACUUUUGAAAACUAAAUAGUAAGUUAUAUUUCUGAAACUUAGGCAAAUCCUUUAUGAUGGAUCUUGGGAAGAUUGGAAGUUGGAGAACCGUAAGAAAUGA